GGCAUUGAACAAAAGUACAGAUUGCGAGGGAAUAAUUCUUGCUUAGGUUGUUACAGUUGUAGCAUGUACGAGCAUUGAACUGGUGUACAAUAUUUAUAUUUUUAGUUCCCAAAUUUCCAAUAUUUAAAUUGUUUUAUACGAAAUGCUGCCGUCCGAACAGGGCUGUCUCUUUUAAGUAGAAGCUCAAUUGUUUCGAUAAUCCCACGCUUUCCAGUUUCGAUUAUACCCAUGUUUCAGUAACUCCACGGAAACACCGCACACAAGAAUCAGAGAUUGGGCAACACCAAACAAAAGCAGAAAAAGAAAAAGACUAAUUUUUUGGAAAAAGCGUCGGCUGCAUGCAAUAGCCUCUUGCUUCUUGUUGUGGGCGGGGGGUUUGAUGAGAACGAUGUCCCGUUUAGCAAUUGAAGUAAGCUCUCCUCCAUCAGCUGCACUUGGCAUAGAGAGUUCCCCUUCAAAACACCCUUCAUUACCUCUGUUCAUUUUCCUUGGUGGGAUCAUACUGCUUCUUCUGCUGAUCUUGAUAUUCAUCUCUCGGAGAGCGAUCAAACCCGCGAAAUUCAGAGCUCUCGUUGUUCGGGCAGUGAAGCGACCAGUAACAAAAGAUAUUCUAAGUGGAAAUCUUCGUAUGAUUAGCUAUUUCAACUUCGAGACAUUGAAGAAGGCUACCAAGAACUUCAACCAGAUGAAUCUGCUUGGAAGAGGUGGAUUUGGGCCUGUCUACUUGGGAAAGUUGGAUGAUGGGAGGCUGGUCGCGGUGAAAAAGCUGGCACUCGAGAAAUCACAGCAAGGAGAAUCGGAAUUCCUUUCUGAGGUGAAGAUGAUAACGAGCAUACAGCACAAGAAUCUGGUCCGUCUUCUGGGUUGCUGUUCUGAUGGAGCUCAACGGCUACUUGUCUACGAGUACAUGAAGAACAGGAGUUUAGACCUUAUAGUUUAUGGGAAAAAUGACAUAUUUUUAAACUGGGGUACUCGAUUUCAAAUAAUUCUCGGGGUUGCUCGAGGACUACAAUAUCUGCAUGAAGAUUCGCACGUCAGAAUCAUACACAGGGACAUCAAAGCGAGCAACAUUCUCCUUGAUGAUAAAUUUCAACCUAGGAUAGGCGACUUUGGCCUCGCGAGGUUUUUCCCAGAGGAUCAAGCUUAUCUCAGCACCGCGUUUGCUGGAACCUUAGGCUAUACUGCACCGGAAUACGCCAUCAGAGGCGAGCUGACUGAAAAGGCCGACAUAUACAGCUUCGGAGUUCUGGUUCUUGAAAUUAUCAGCUGCCGAAGAAAUACUGAUCUUACUUUGCCAUCAGAAAUGCAAUACCUUCCAGAAUAUGCGUGGAAGCUAUACGAGAGGUCCAUGCUGACUGAUCUCAUAGAUCCGAGAAUACGUGAAGAUGGCUUUGUUGAAAAGGAUGUGCUGCAUGCCGUCAGAGUAGCUUUCCUAUGCCUUCAACCUCAAGCCAAUCAAAGGCCACCGAUGUCUGAAAUUGUAGCAAUCCUAACUUGCAAGGUUGAAUUGGAGACAAUGCCUACAAAACCUGCCUUCUUGGAGAGGAAGAGAAGGAACGACGAGAAGAUUUCAUGGGACUCAAUAUCGGAGCCUUUCCCUUCUCCGCUGCAGAGUGACUCUCCCUCCUUCCCUCGGCAUCUAAAGUAAGACUUGCUAAGCGAUUUUUCCAGAAAUAUGCAGAAACCAUGUAUUUUUUUGCUUAUUCAUGUCUUCAUGUAUGAAUAGGUUUAGUUCGUUAUAUAUUCAUUUGGCUAUUUGUUACAUUCAAAACAUCAACAUUUGUUUUGUAGAUAAAUAAAAAUUGUGCUAUAAUGAUUCUUCUCCUGGACCA